AUGCCUGCCUCGUCGCAGAAACUGGCGCGAGACGACUCGCAUGGCUCGUAUAUGAACAAGAUCAAUAGCUUUUACGAGCGAGAGCUGCGGGCGGCGCUCGAAGAGCAGCGCUUUGGAGUGGAAGACGCGUUCAUGCUCGACUCUACUCCCAACGAUGCAAAGGCGUCUGUGGUCCUUUUGGAGGGCAAGACAGUAGAAGUCAAGUUGUCGAAGGAGGGUUUCAGGCUUGUGGCCCAGAAGCGCGCUUCUUUCCUGAAGCGGAAGCCAGUCUACGAGACGAUCGACGAUCUGCUGGCGGCGGUCAGUCCGAUGUACAAAUCGCGCCUCCAUGAUACCCUACUCGACAAACUCAACGCUAUUGCCGCGCGCCUGGACGUCGCCGAAACGCGCAAAUCAGAUAACCGCUCGCUUUCACCAUCACCCUCGCCGUCCCCUGAUUAUUCGUAUUCCGCGACGCCGACGGCCGGCACACCCAUACGAUCACUCACGCCAGAGGUGGGCUCACCCCCAGAUCUCGCUACGCUUGACUCCGUCCGAGGCCUCAAUUCAAUUCACGUCGAGCACACGCGACCUGCCCUGACCGCACGAGCGUCAACCCAUACGUCUUACUAUUCUGCCUUCUCUGAAAUGGACUAG